AUGAAACGCAAAAGGUUGGACGGUUUUACGAUAAAGACUCUUUUUCGGGAGUAUAUGGUGGAAUAUCUGCAUUGCGGAUUUGUGGGCAAAGAGGAUUUUACUGAUGUCUUUAUGUGUGAAGCGUGUCUUUCUUGGUUAUCAUCAGCACGAGAAUUGAGAGAACAUAUGGAAGUGUGUCCAUAUCGAUUUUGGGUUCCAGGGGAUGAGAUUUACCGUUGUCGUAGGAGGCGAUUUGUCGUCUUUGAAAUUGAUGGACGAAAAAUGGCAUCCGUUCCAUAUACCCGGCGCAUUGCUAGACUUGCCAAGCAUUUUAUUGAAGAAAAAACUACCUUGGAUGAUUUGCACUUUUUUGCCAUCGUUGUAUUAUUUGAGGUUGAUGACUAUGGUUAUCAUUUUGUUGGGUAUUUUAGUAAGGAGUGGAGAAAAAGUGUGGCUUGCAAUAAUUCACUUUCCUGUGUAAUGGUACUUCCGCCAUACCGCAAUAAGGGGUAUGGAGCUUUUCUAAUUAAAAUUUCCUACGAGAUGGGAAGGAUAGAGGGAAUUCCAGGCUCUCCCGAGAGACCAUUGAGUGCGGCAGGAAAAAAGGUCUUUAUUCGAAUCUGGCGGGAGGAAAUUCUUCAAGCAAUAUUUUCUCUCAAUGAGGAAGGACUUCCACUGACAAUGAAUUUGCUUUCGUGGGAAAGUGGAAUGGCAGUAGAAGAUGUUGCUGUGGCGCUUCAUCGGCUUAACGCAGUUUUUUUUGUGAACAAGCAUGGUCCUUUACUCCAUCUUCCUUCAGGCACGAAGGCUUUUGCAAAAAGGAGAGGAAUGUUAAAUAUCAAGUCGCUUAUUUGGACGUCUUUGCAUUAG